GCCAUCCGUAUUCUGUGCCACCAUCUUGUUCAUUCUCGUCUUCUUCGCCGGGCCUCAGUGUUCCAGCGCCGCCCGUACCAAAGUCAGCAUUCACGCCAUCAUACCUCAGCACUUCGACAUGAAGACGGACCUGACGCGAGAGUUCCACAACACGGUUCUCAACUUCAAGCGAGACCGCCGCCAUCGCCGGAUCAUGGAGGUCUUCGGCACUUCCGAGUCCUUGACCUUUCUCAACUCCGACACGCCCAACGAGAUCCUGACGGCCAUCUGCGAUGACGUGCUGACACACCAGACGAUCACGAUCCUCAACAUCAACAACCCUCUGAGCAUCCGGAGGCGAACCAGUUCCAACCAGUACGUUCUGGAGCUGGCCCACUUCCUGGGGAUCCCUGUCAUCUCUUGGGAUACGGAGUUCAGCGGCGCUCAGCACGUUAAAGAUCUUUUCUUCCUCAGUCGAGCCUCGUAUGAAAUCAUCGAGACGGCGGUGGAGUUAGGGCUGACUGGACCCGACUAUAUCUGGAUCCUCACUCGCUCCUCGAUACCUACCGGGAAAUACGGCGUGAAGAGCUUCCCGAUUGGCCUUAUGGGAAUCAGCUACGAGAGCGAGCUAGACGCCAUGAAGCAUGUCCUACGAGUGGGGGUGAAGACUUGGCUGAACGCCCUGUGGCACAUGGCCCAGCGGCCAGCCUCCAUGACCAACAUGACCAUACCCCCGGAGUUCACCUGCGACUCUGACAAACCGCCCUACUGGGCAGAUGGACAUGUGCUUUACGACUACAUGCGCAACGUGAGUAUUCGAGACGAGCCUCAGAUCCGGUUCAACUCCAACGGCACACUCAAGAGGACCGAGGUUCUCAUCCUGAAUCUGCAGCCGUUUGUGGACGCGGGAAAGAAAAGGACGAGGUGGAAGGAGGUUGGCCGAUGGAAGCGACACGGUCUGAUCAUGGAUGACAUCACUUGGCCAGGGGGAGCUUCCAUUCCCCCGAGUGGAAAGCCAAAAAGAGCCUUUCUCCGAGUUGCCACUUUGUACGAGCUUCCUUACGUCAUUUACGGGGAGCUUGAAAAAGACGGGAACUGCCAGGAGAAGUCUUUGGUCUGCUGGGUGUAUCGGAGGAACGAAAAUAAAGAGAUGACCAAAGAGUGGAACGGGCUGGUGAGAGUCCUACAGGACAUGGAGGCUGACCUGGUUCUGACGUCAUUCAAGAUCAACCCCGGGCGGGCGGAGGCUGUCCGGUUCUCUGUGCCCUACCUGGAGACGGGCAUCAAGAUCAUCGUGGCCCUAAGGGCGGGCGCUAUCUCGCCCACUGCCUUCUUAGAGCCCUAUGACUAUGCGUCCUGGUCCCUCAUCCUUAUCUUCAGCGUGCACGCCACGGGAGCCUCCAUCCUUGUCUUCGAGUGGCUAAGUCCCUACGGGCUCAAUCGAGGACUCACACCUUUGCGAAGGGGCAUGAACGGCGAGACAGCUAAACUGGUGGUCACCCCUGCCCUGGAAUCCGCGCGCUCCCCGGACACCCACCAGCUGCCCACCAACAAGGCCAACGGCAGCAACAGGAGGUCGAAGGGCAAAGCUCUGGUGCGGCAGAACGUGAGCUAUGACCCCACCUUGCCCAGCCCUCCUCUCGAGUUCGCGGAGUCCUCACUGGUACCCCUGCCCCCGGCGAGCUCCGCCAUGAAUCAACACCCGCGCUACGCCGUGGUCACUCUGCCCGACGUGGGGUACAGCAAGGACAACCACAACAAGAAGGAUUCCGGGAACAACAUGGCGGGCAGCUUCGAGAGGUUUUUCGAGAACUUCGACCGCUCACCCGUUUCCGGCGAUAUUGAGCAGUUCGCUGUGCAUCUUCUGCCGGAGUCUCAGUCCCUCGAGAUGACGGGAUUAGACAGAGGAGGAACCGGAAGUGGUGGUGGUGGUGGUGUUGGUGGUGACGGUGUCGGUUUCGGUGUCGGCGGCAGCGUUUCAGCGCCCCCUUACAGCGCGUUAGAAGACUAUAGCGUAAGCGACGCGGGCAGUGCGCGGAGCGGAAUGACGCCUCUCGUGGGUUCAACAGACGCCAGCCGCCUAUCCCCCACUCCGCUUCUCAGACGCACACCCAGCUACACGUCUGCUGUCGGCGGAAGUCUCGGCUCGGACCUCAGCGAAGAGAAAUCGCCGGCCCCCAGUGGGAAGUACCGCCAGUUUGACGGGAAGAAGUACAUCGGCGUGGACAAUAACGUUACCACGUAACGACAGCCCCCCUCCCCCUCCCCUGCAAGGACACCAACCAGUCUCCUCUCCUCUCCUCUCUCCUCUCCUCUCCGGUUGUAAAUAUUUCCGUGUUACUUUAUUAUUCUGCUAAAUCUAGUACGCUAUCUAUAACUUUCUCUUCUCCAAACGUAAUACAUUUAUUAACUUCCUCUUGCUGUUAGGGACUUUUUUUUAUUUCCUAUAAUUUUGGUGUUGAUGACGUUGCUAAUUGCAAUUUUUAUUGACAGGCGUAUUUUUUAUGGUCCGGCGAUGAAGAAGAAGA